AUGAUCCCCAAAACUGAUGACCAGCCCUUGGGGAAGGACAAAUCUGAUAUCUACAGUGUUCUUGCCCGUCUCAUAUUCGCCAACCACCUCAAAUAUGGCAACACAUACCACCAGAAUCCAGAGAAAUUUUGUGACUCAGUUGCCAACCACAUCAUGAGGUACAAGCUCAAGACCAGCCUUACUUCAACUGGCACUGGUGUACUGCCCAGUGAUGGGUAUGCAAAUUUAUUAGCCAAAAUCAACAGUGAAUGGAAGUGGUUUUCUGACCUUGAUGCAAUUUGGCACUCAAACCCCACAUUCACAGUUGCAUCGCACUCAUCAAGGCCAGGUGUCGAUCAUGCAGCCCCCCCUCAUAACAAUCCUCCCAUCAACCCACAUCUACUCCAACCUGCUUCAUCUCUUGCCCCCAUUUUUCAUAAUGGGCAACCUGGUCUUCCCCCUGCUCCCCCCCCUGGUUUUCCCCCUGCUCUCCCCCCUGGUUUUCCCACCCAUCCCCCUCAGGUCCACCUUUACGGCCUCCCUAACAACAACAACAACAAUAUGAUACCUGACAAUGACUAUUCUGCUGGUACAUUUUCUGCCCCCCCAGCGCAGGACCACCAGCAGGAUGACAACAUGCUCCUCAAUAGCCUGCCGAAAGUUGCGGGGAAGAAACAACACAACGUAGCAUUGCCCUCGCCCUCACCCUCGCCCCCUCCUGAACCCCCUCACCCUUUCUCAAUGCCAGAGAAGUUCCCUACCUCUUUCUAUGACACAGCCUUCCAGUCACAGGGGGCACUGCAAAGCUUCGUCGAUGUCAUGCAGUAUCUCAACCCCCUCAUCCACAACCUGCAACACAACGUCAUCUGA